UUCUCUGGGUUUUGGCCUCACAAAGCUCGAAACUUGCUUUAGCUUAGAACUCUUUUAGCCCCAAAUAAUUGUAGUAGUGAAAAAGAAGAAAGAAGAAGAUGAUGGAGGCCAUUACGAUUACACGUUUCUCUGCUUCAAACGCACCACUUCUAAUCCGAUCCAUGGCUACACAAAAACCAACUCCAUCUACUACCAAAACCGUCACUUCUAAAAAGACAACAACUGUAUUUCCAGUAGGGGAGAAACCUCGGCCGAGCAAUUCUUCAUCUACCCCACCGGUGAAGUUAUUGACAAGAGUGGAGCAAUUGCGGCUGUUAACUAAAGCAGAGAAAGCUGGUUUAUUAUCAGCUGCUGAGAAAUCUGGACUAUCUUUGUCGACAAUAGAGAGACUUGGUCUUCUUUCUAAAGCCGAAGAAUUGGGGAUUCUUUCAGCAGCUACUGAUCCUUCAACCCCAUCUGCACUCUUUAGUUUGAGCUUGGGAUUGUUGGCUGUGGGUCCUGCUUGUGUGUAUCUGGUGCCUGAAGAUUACCCUUGGCAAAUUGGUUUGCAGGUUGUGGUUGCACUGCUCUCUGUUGUUGGUGGCUCUGCAGCAUUUGGAGCCUCAAAUCUUGUUUCCACUUUGCAGAAAGUAAAUUGAAAUGUAAGCUGCAAAAUACUUUCAAAAUUUCUCUUAUAUAGUAUAAAUGUUUGUUUUGUUCAAUUUUGAUUUUUUUUUGAUCCCUUGCAAUCUAAGAUAUACAUUGUCCUUUCCGGUUGAGCAUUAGUUCAUUACGACAUCAAAUCUUGUCUGGAUAAAGAAUCUUGAUCUGCACUUUUCAUUGCAGCAAUGUAGUUUCUUGUAAUUCAAUGAUUGAACUUCUUUUAUCUUA